AUGAACGGAGACCCACUCGUGGAGCUGACGCCGCUGCGCUCUUCGAUGCGGCAUGAGGCCUCGCGAAGUCCCUUGCACGCGGCGGCGGAAGGUGGUGCAGGUGCACCGCCGCCACCCCUGUCAGCAUCUUUUGCACGUCGCGAAGAUCUCUCGUACAUUUGGGGCACCGACAUUGCGGUGGAGACAUUCCGGGAGGAGUUUCAGCGUUUCCUCGAGACGUUUGAGGUGCACGUUGACAGCAACGGUGGCUUGCGAGAAACUUUGGGUGCUGGCGUGAGCACCGGUAGUGGCCACCGUGGCGUUGGUGCCCGCAAAUACUUCCUCCAGGAGCUCCUGCGUCUUCGACUGCAGAACCGCAGUGUACUUGAGGUGGACAUGCAGCUGCUCGCCAGAUCGUGUCCGCGACUGUACCAUCAAGUUGUUGCUCAUCCGAUGGAGUGUCUGCAGAUGAUGGGCAGCGUUGCGGAGGACGUCUGUCAGCGUCUUGCCGUCGCAUUUGCAGAUGCGCCUUUGUCUGACGACUUUGUGCUGCGGGUGGCACCAAAAAAUCUCCCGGAGACAGUCUCACUGCGUGGGUUGGGGCCGCAGCAUCUCGAGCAGCUUAUCGCCCUUCAGGGAAUGGUGGUGCGGGUGUCGAAAAUUAUUCCUGAGAUCCGCGUCGCAUUCUUUCAGUGCUGGUACUGCCAACACGUGCGUCGGAGCGUCGUCGAUCGCGGUCGCAUCUUUGAGCCCACCCACUGCGAUCACUGCGGCAAACAUUACUCCUACCGGAUUCAUCACAACCUUUCCCUCUUUGAGGAUAAGCAGCUGGUGCGUCUGCAGGAGGCGCCGGAGCACUUGACAGACGGCGAAACGCCUGUCACUAUCUCUGUUGCCGUGUACGGGGACUCGGUAGACAUCGUGGUGCCGGGUGAUCGUGUCGUUGUGACGGGCAUUUACCGCGCAGCCCCUGUCCGCCUGAAUUCCAAUACACGCAGCAUACGCAGUAUUUUUGCCACACACGUCGACGCUGUGCAUAUUGAACAUCGUCGUGCAGGGCGAAAGUCGUGGAAGAUGCAGCAACAACAGUCGCAGACAUUGCCGGGUGGCAGUGAUGAGGGGCUGUCGGAAAAUCCGGCUGAGGCCGCCCGCCGCGAUGUGUUCCGUCGCAUUGCCAGUCGUCAGGAUAUUUAUAGCAUUCUCCUCAACAGCUUUGCGAGGACCAUUUGGGGCAAUGAGGAGGUGAAGCGUGGAAUUCUCGCACAAUUAUUUGGAGGGACGCGGAAGGAGCUCAAGUCCGGCACCUUCCGUGCUGAGAUCAACGUGAUUUUGUGCGGGGACCCGGGUGUGGCAAAGUCCCAGCUCCUGUCGCAGGUGCACGAAAUUGCCCCACGCGGUGUUUACACUUCAGGGAAGGGCAGCAGUAGUGUUGGUCUUACAGCCUUUGUUGUGCAAAACCAGGAGACGGGGGAGUUGGUGCUUGAGCCCGGCGCCCUCGUGCUUUCCGACCGCGGACUCUGCUGCAUCGACGAGUUUGACAAGAUGAACGAGGCUACGCGGUCGGUGCUGCAUGAGGUGAUGGAGCAGCAGACCCUCUCCAUCGCAAAGGCGGGCAUCAUUGCGCAGCUCAAUGCCCGCACGUCGGUGUUGGCAGCCGCAAACCCAAAGGAGUCCCAGUGGAAUGUAAACUUAAACGUGGUGGAAAAUCUGCAGAUCGAGCCCACGCUCUUGUCACGUUUUGACUUAAUUUUUCUUUUGCUGGACCGGCACGACCCGACGGAGGAUAGGCGUCUGGCUUCACAUGUUCUCUCCCUCUUCAUGGAAUCCGACGUGGGAUCUCGCCGAGCCUCCAACGCCGCUGCGACGUUCAGAAGCAACAAUAGCCACCGUAGCAACACGACGAGUGGUACGGAGUUGAGCGGCGCCAAUGAACCGGCUAACGAAGAGGGCGAGGACGAGGAAACAGGGGAAAAUGGCAACAUGGCAUUGCGAGGAUUACCCAUGAGACAGGCAGCGGCGGUGUUGGAGCAUGAGGGUGAAGUUUUUCUUGAGGGGACGGAGGACGCCCCCUACAUGCCCCCACGUGUUCUGUCGCAGUACAUUGCACUUGCGCGUGAGACGGUCCACCCGCGGCUUACUGAGGCCUCUCACAAGCAGCUGGCGGCGUCGUACGUUGAGAUGCGUCGCGCGCGCGGCAGCAGCCGGACGGUGUCUGCAACACUACGGCAGUUGGAAUCCAUGAUUCGACUGGCAGAGGCGCGUUGUAAAAUGCGCUUUGGUGCCGAGGUGACUGUGGAAGACGUCAAGGAGGCAAAAUGGCUCAUUAGUGCCGCACUGAAGGAGGCUGCGACCGACCCUCAGACCGGCCUGAUCAAUUUAGACAUGUUUAGCGCACCGGACCCGACGCGGCAGACGGUUGAGGGAAGUAUGCUGCGCUUGGAGCAUAUCAUUGAUGGUCGCUAUCUCGCUGCGGGUCGUACCUCUGCGACGGUGAAUGAGUUGCGGCAGGCGCUCAACGAGUCCCUCAGCGGUGGGAUACGGCCGCUCGCAAUUGCGCAGUUCAUGGAACUCCUAGCACUGAUGGCAGGAGGCGAGCACGUGAAAUCCUUCAGUGCCACCUCGGUGACCUUUGCUGAUAGGGGCUCCUAG